AUGUCGUGGCAGACGUAUGUCGACGAUCACCUCAUGUGCGAUGUGGGCGAUGGUCAAACCCUGACGGCGGCGGCGAUCAUCGGCCACGACGGCAGCGUCUGGGCGCAGAGCGUGCCCUUCCCCCAGGUAUCGUAUUGCGUCUCCUCCCUUCCCCGCUCGUAGGCCUCCGUUUCUUCCCGUGCAUUCUCUUCGGGGAUCUGGGAAGUCCGUCUGCGGGCGGGGUCGUCUCGGUAGUUGUUCGGAUUCGGUUUAUUUUGCUCGGAGAGGGAGGAAAGUUGAUAGACGGGAUCGAAGUCGAGUUCACUGGUUUCCUGUUUGUGUCUCUGUACAUUGAUGGCAUUAUAGUUUUUUGUUCAGCUUACAUCUGAUCGCAGUGCACCAGGUUAGUUCGUUUUUCUGUCUUCCUCGCUUGUUCGAUACGAUAUUUUAUCUGGCUUGUCCUAUAUCUUUUUUUUUUUUACCGCGACCGUUAACAAGUGAAGCAGAUCAAGUGUCAGGGAUAUUUUGCCCAUCCCUUUUUUCCUUUAGAUCGGGGGUUUUAUUUCCCAUUAAGUGUCUGUUGUCCGAGACUUUGCGUCAUUUUCUGUACGGGGAAUCCGUUGUUUUGACCUUUUCAUUUCCACGAACUUAUUGGACCGGAUCUUAUCCGUUAUUCGAGUAACAUUUGACUUUUCUUCGGUUGUUAGUUUUAAGCACUGUUUAAUGAAUAUUUUACGCGCAGACCUGAGCAUGGAUGCAUUUCUCAGGGAUUGAACAGGGAAAGCCACUAGAUGUGUCCUUCAAAAUUAGACAAACCUUAUCAUAUUAUACCUUCUCAAUGAGCUUAGGCUUCACGAAGUAAUGUUGUUAAUAACAGAAACGAAUGAUAGUGGGCAUCUUGUUUUUUUCUAUUAAUUGCUAUCUUCUCCACGGAGACGUGGGGAAAUGGCGUGACAGAUAUACUAGUAAAUCUCUUUUUUUUGUCAGAAUAAGCAUAACGCUAAAUAAUGACAGAGGAUACCUUAAUCGAGAGUCCGUUACUCCUCCCAGAGAAAGUUUAGUUUAUUGUUGUUAGCAAUAGCGAAGCCUAGAAGCUAUCGCUUGGCCACUAUUCUUCUGGUGCCUCGUCCUACACGGACUCAUAGUAUUGUGUAGACUAACUGCCCACCUGGUGCUCAGCAUCUUUCUACCUUACUCGGGGGCUGUCAUUAUGUCAAGAAUCUUCUGUUAUCAUUCACGCACAAUACUUGCUGACAAUGUCCGUAUGUGCAUACGUUUUUGAUAUCGAAUGAUAUAUAUAUUUUUUAGUUAUUUAUUUGCCGCAUCUAAAGAAAUGAAGACCAAUUAGUUUGACUCUAUUAACACUAUUGAUUAGGCAUGUUUUUUUCUUUCCAAUCUCACAGCUCAAAGCGGAGGAGGUCACCGGUAUCAUGAAUGAUUUCGACGAGCCAGGGUACCUUGCUCCUACUGGCUUGUUCCUUGGAGGGACGAAGUACAUGGUAAUUCAGGGAGAGCCUGGGGCCGUCAUACGAGGAAAGAAGGUGCCUAUUUCGGCUUGCUUUUUUUUUUUUCUUCUUCUGUUCAACACAUAUUGGUGGUUCUCUGAAAUGCCUAUAGAAAAUAUAUUUUGAAAACUUGGAGAGUUUGAGGCAGCACCCAGACCACGAAACAUAAACAGAACGCGGAUUUUUUGUUGUUAUUAGAAUGGAUCUGUUCAUGGAAACAUCAUAAUCUAACAAAUGUCAGCGUCCACAUGCUCUGUGGGAAGAUAAAUUUACCAUUUCCUAAAACCUCAUUGCAAAAAAGCCUCUCGCCAUUUCCAUCAAACCCCAUCGGCGCAUUCAUUUGUUCUUUUUUUUUGUGUAUUUCGAUAGAUGGCAUUCCACGCGCCAGAGUACCCAAAAAAAAAAAAAAACGCAGAAAUUCGCUCACAUGAUUUCGAGCCCCAAACAUUUGCCAUUGCAGUGAAUCCCUCGCGAUCAUAUUUAUUUAUUAUUUUUCCACUGAUAGGGACGCCAUUCAUGAUACGUUGGCUUUUGUUGGGGAUGAAAUCAUGAGGGAAAACCCACACUUUAUGUUUCCAUUUUGUUCUUGUACUCUGUGAAAUCAUGGGGCGCAAUCAAUGUGGGGGAGGGAGGGGGGGGGGGGAAGAAAACAUAGUCAUCUAUAUUUGAAUUCCCAUAAUUAGCCUCUACAAACUCCGCUUCUUCCCUCAUGGCCGCAGGGCUCGGGUGGAGUAUGCAUCAAGAAGACCGGGCAGGCUCUGAUAAUCGGGAUCUAUGACGAGCCUGUGACGCCAGGGCAGUGCAACAUGGUCGUCGAGAGGCUGGGCGACUACCUCAUCGAGCAGAACCUCUAG